UUAAAUAAUUACCUACCUGACGUUUCUGGAUUGCUUGAGAAGCAAACACAAUGGGUUGGGUAUGGAAAGACGAUGACGAUGAAAACUCCAAUAAAAUCAAGAAAUUUGAAGACAGAAGCCCUAAAUCUGAAGGUCGAUGCUCCACGAGGAAGAUUAUAUCUUCACAGUGCAGAACAGAGGAGGUGGAGCCUGGAAAAUUCAUCAAAAAGUGCCAGAAAACAGAGCAACUUCUCAAAGACUGCGUUGGAAGGCCACCGGAAGUUGUUGAAUCCAACAAGGAAUACACCGAAGAAGACAUAACCGACCAGAUGAAAAACGGUUCUUUAUCAUCACAACCUACACCAUUUGACUUCCCAGGACUAAGAAGUGAUAUUGAAGCAAUCGAACGCAACUUGUUUGGCAACAUGAACCGUUUCUUUGAGGCUGCUGAAGACAUGAAAAACGAGUUCUUAAACAUUUUCGGGUCGCCUCAUUUAUACGAUAAAGAUUUAAAAUCAUCAUCACCUUCUUUCAAACAGGGUGUACCCAUUGAGCCGCCUUCGACCCCACCUUCCAAGGUGGUCAAACCCAAGGAUAGUGAUGGUCAUGUUGACAUUUCAGGGUUGGCCCGAGAUGUUUGAAGCAAUGUGACCCGUCGAGCAGGUUAUAAAACAAUAUUUAUUAGUAGGUAGAAUAAUAAACUCAGAUACGGAAUAUGUAUAUUCGAAGGUUUAAUCUUUGUUUCUGAACCAAAAUAUGUUCUGAUGUUAGUUUUUAACAGUUUUGCUUUUGUGAAUUGUUGAAUAUUUUUGUUUCUGGAUAAA